AGAGAUAUUGCUAAGAUGAUCGUGUUAUGGGUUACACUGCUUGUCAUUCAUCGAGGAUACACACUUAUUCCAGUAACUACAGUUCAACUUGGUGAACAAGCAACUGUCCCGUGUGUCCUGCCUAAGACUGAGUACAACCGUAGAGUCGACUGGUACAAGCAGAGUGCUGGGGACACUCUGCAAAGAAUUUGGACACUAAAGGAUUCUGCAGCACCUGAGUUUGCACCUGAGUUUCCUGGCUCAAGAUGGAAGGUUAAUUAUGACAAAAAUUUUAGCAACCUGACCAUUUUGAGGACAAACCAAGAAGACGAGGGGAUCUAUCACUGUGGAUUCACAGAGUGGCUCCAACAUACUAAAUGGACCGGGACGUAUUUAUUAGUAAAAGGAAACACUCAGCGGUCAUCAAACUAUUCUGUUGUUCAAGAGAAAACAGACCAUCCAGGAGAAUCAGUGACUCUUCAGUGUUCAGUAAUCAAUGACUCUAACAACAAGUCGUGUCCAGGAGGUCUCAGAGUGCUCUGGAUCAGAGAAGGAUCACAAACAUCUCAUCCUGGCAUCAUCUACACUGAUGGAAACAAACAUCAUGAAUGUGAGAAAAGAUCUGAGACUCAGCAGAGUUGUAGUUAUCGCAUCAGUUCCCCUGAUGCUGGGACUUAUUACUGUGCUGUGGCCACAUGUGGGGAGAUAAUAUUUGGAAAUGGAACUAAACUGCAUAUAGAGAAAAAAGUAGGAUUUGAAUUUACUGCACUGGUAAUAACAACAACCUGCUUGGUCAUUUCUAUGAUUCUCAACAUUAUUUUCAUCUGUUACCGAACUCCAAGAGCAGCAUGUGGACAAUUUAAAAAGAACAGCUCUUCACAAGCAAGACAAAAUGACUUGAAGCAAACAGUGGACGAUAGUACUGAAGGUGGACAUGAUCUGAAUUAUGCUGCUCUGCACUUCUCUGGAAGAAAAGCUACACGAGGAAAGAAGAAAAUUGAACUGGAACAAGAAAAAGAAAGUGUUUAUUCUCAAGUUAGAAUGUAA